CCAGCUCUUCCUCAGGCCCCUGGGGCUUCCUUAAGCAGCCGAGCAGGAGCUGAAACACAGAACCCCCAAGUUUCAGGACACAGUAGUUGUCAUUCAGUGUUGCUGCGGCCCCACUGUGUGUGCCCAGGAUGAUGUCCUAUGGAGAGAGGCUGGGGGGCCCGGCUGUCUCCCCACUCCCAGUCCGAGGGGGACACAUGAUGCGUGGGACAGCCUUUGCCUAUGUGCCCAGCCCUCAGGUCCUGCACAGGAUUCCAGGGACCUCCGCUUAUGCCUUCCCCAGCCUGGGCCCUGUGGCCCUUACUGAGCACAGCUGUCCCUAUGGGGAGGUUCUGGAGUGCCAUGACCCGCUGCCUGCCAAGUUGGCCCUGGAGGAAGAGCAGAAACCAGAGCUUGGGCUGGCCCAGAAGCUGCGCCGGGCUGGCAUGACACUCCUCAAGGUGCCACUGAUGCUCGCCUUUCUCUACCUCUUCGUCUGCUCCCUGGACGUGCUCAGCUCUGCCUUCCAGCUGGCUGGAGGGAAGGUGGCUGGUGACAUCUUCAAGGACAAUGCCAUCCUGUCCAACCCAGUGGCAGGGCUGGUGGUUGGGAUCCUGGUGACUGUGCUGGUGCAGAGCUCCAGCACCUCCACGUCCAUCAUUGUCAGCAUGGUCUCCUCCGGCUUGCUGGAGGUGAGCUCUGCUAUCCCCAUCAUCAUGGGCUCCAACAUUGGCACCUCUGUCACCAACACCAUUGUGGCCUUGAUGCAGGCGGGGGACAGGACUGACUUCCGGCGGGCAUUCGCGGGGGCCACGGUGCACGACUGCUUUAACUGGCUGUCAGUUCUGGUCCUGCUGCCCCUGGAGGCUGCCACUGGGUACCUGCACCAUGUCACUGGACUGGUGGUUGCCUCCUUCAACAUCCGUGGCGGCCGUGAUGCCCCUGAUCUGCUCAAGAUCAUCACAGAGCCCUUCACCAAGCUCAUCAUCCAGCUGGACAAGUCUGUGAUUACCAGCAUUGCCACCGGUGACGAGUCCCUGAGAAACCAUAGUCUCAUCCGGAUCUGGUGCCGCCCAGACCCCAUGGAGGCUCCCACUCCCAUGCCCAGGGCAGAGGCCAAUACCAGCUGGACCCUUGGAAAUGCCACCAUGGAGAAAUGCAACCACAUCUUCGUGGACACAGGGCUCCCUGACUUGGCUGUGGGGCUCAUUCUGCUGGCUGGCUCCCUAGUGCUCCUAUGCACCUGCCUCAUCCUCCUCGUCAAGAUGCUCAACUCUCUGCUUAAGGGCCAAGUGGCCAAGGUCAUUCAGAAGGUUAUCAACACUGACUUCCCCGCCCCCUUCACCUGGGCCACAGGCUACUUUGCCAUGGUGGUGGGAGCUGGCAUGACCUUCGUUGUCCAGAGCAGUUCUGUGUUCACCUCAGCCAUCACUCCACUCAUUGGCUUGGGUGUGAUCAGCAUCGAGCGGGCCUACCCCCUCACACUGGGCUCCAACAUUGGCACGACCACCACAGCCAUCCUGGCUGCACUGGCCAGCCCCAGGGAGAAGCUGUCCAGCGCCUUCCAGAUUGCCCUCUGCCACUUCUUCUUCAACAUCUCAGGCAUCCUGCUGUGGUACCCAGUGCCCUGCACGCGCCUGCCAAUCCGCAUGGCCAAGGCGCUGGGCAAACGCACUGCCAAGUACCGCUGGUUCGCUGUCCUCUACCUCCUCCUGUGCUUCUUGCUACUGCCCUCGCUGGUGUUUGGCAUCUCCAUGGCAGGCUGGCAGGCCAUGGCGGGGGUGGGUGCACCAUUUGGGGCCUUGCUGGCUUUUGUGGUGCUCGUCAAUGUCCUGCAGAAUCGCAGCCCCAGACGCCUGCCCAAGUGGCUGCAGACAUGGGACUUCCUGCCCCACUGGAUGCACUCCCUGCAGCCCCUGGACCAUCUUAUCACCCGUGCUACUUUGUGCUGUGCCACUCCUGAGCCCCGCUCACCCCCGCUGCCCGCCAGGGUCUUCCUGGAGGAGCUGCCCCCUGCCACACCCUCCCCCCGUCUGGCACUGCCUGCUCAACACAAUGCCACCCGCCUCUAGCCCAGACUGCCACCCAGGGCAGGGAAGGGCCUGUGCCUGGGGCCCACUGUAGAAGGGCAGAGGGGUGUGUCUGUGUACUCUGGGCAUGGGCCUGUCCUUGUACAGGUCCUCAGAGGUCUGGGCUUGUGUGACUGAGAGUCAGUGUGUGUGCAUGUGUGGGCAUGUUUGGUAAUACUGUAUGUCAGCCUGCAUGUGUGAACUGAUGCACCCGUGGAGGGCUGUGUGCAGGCUACAGGGUACCUGGGUAUGAUUUUGAGUCCUCUGCACACCAGGAGGCUUUGUUUGGAGGCCUGUGCUUGGUUCUCCUGGACACACAAGUCCGACUCAGUGGAGCAGGAGUAAGGUGGGUCUGAGGACAGGACCUGCAGCUGUUUGGUUGUGCAUAGAUGUGGGUGCCUGAGUCACUGGCUGAGUUCUCACCCUCCCUGUCACCUUCCUUUCUCUACUUGCCACUCUCCCCCUCACCCAGUUGUUCUGUGGCACCACUACAACCCCCUUUCCCAAUACUGAAAAAGGAAUUAAAUUCUCAUGCAUUUACAA